UGGGUGUGUGUAGUUUGACAGCCAGUAUCUGUAGUAAAGUCACUUUCGUUUUAAUCAAAAUGAUUGACAACGGUUCGAUGAUGCUAGCAAUGUUUUAAAUAGUUUCGUUUCCUUGAUUUGGGCUAUGUUGCACGCUCUCCACUCGUAAAUUAGUACUAAUCUUUCUGUUGAAGUGGUCUAUUUGAUUCCGUGGGCUUGCUUGCUUCGGCCAAGUGGCCUAACUCAUCAAGAGGACAAGAGGCUUAACCCCAACUAACACGAAUACUUACGGAUACUCAUCAACUCAUCAUUCGCAAUGGCCAAAACUUACGAUUAUUUAUUUAAGUUACUGCUUAUUGGUGACUCCGGCGUCGGGAAAACAUGCGUUCUCUUCAGGUUCUCAGAAGACGCCUUCAAUACUUCAUUUAUAUCAACAAUCGGAAUAGACUUUAAAAUCAGGACAAUAGAAAUGGAUGGGAAAAAGAUAAAACUACAGAUAUGGGAUACAGCUGGACAGGAAAGAUUCCGAACAAUCACAACAGCUUACUAUCGAGGAGCUAUGGGAAUCAUGCUAGUGUAUGAUAUUACAAAUGAAAAAAGCUUUGAAAAUAUCAAAAACUGGAUCCGGAACAUUGAAGAAAAUGCAUCGGCUGAUGUUGAAAAAAUGUUACUGGGAAACAAGUGUGAACUCAAUGAGAAACGACAGGUUUCAAAAGAAAGAGGAGAGCAAUUAGCUGUAGAGUAUGGUAUCAAGUUUAUGGAAACUAGUGCAAAAGGAUCAAUCAAUGUGGAGGAAGCCUUCUACACUUUAGCAAGGGAUAUUAAGGCGAAAACAGAAAAGAAAUUGGAGGCGAGCAACCCGCCUAAAGGAGGACAUCAGCUAAAACCAGCAGAACCUCAGCGGAAGCCCACAAAUUGGUUGUCCCGCUGUUCUUUACUAUGACGUCUCAUUGGUGCUUUCUCUUGCUCAAUUCAAUGUCUGAUUUUGCUGUGUUUGGAGUCUUGUGUUCCAGCUUUUCCCUUGGAAAAGUUGUAGCAAUAUUGCAAGAAACCUGAGCAUGGAGGAAAUUUUCAAUCUUAAAUCAACUCUUGUUUGUGGUGCAGAUUUCUUUGCCAGCUUACUUUUAUAUCAAUUGUAAGUUGUAUUUCUUAAUACUCAUAGCUAACAGGGGGGAAAAAUUCUGAGUGACAAUCUCUGAUAAAGGCUAUUUUACGCACUGUUUUAAUUUCUGAUACUGAAAAAAUUAAUGUACUGACUAUUUACAUAUUUGUUUCAAAAAGAACUUUCUAAUUUUAUGGACUGGAUUCUGACAUCAAUAUUUUCUGUACUUUAUCAGCAUUUUUGGAUCCUAGUGGAGGGUCUACAACCAAAUCACCGUUAUCUUUGCUCUUUUAUUUACCUAUCCAAAUUGGUCAUAUCUUUCAUAAUCCCUAAACAUUUUGGUGCUUCAUAGGCUAACAAAUUUGUAUGCCAUCUUUUGUCAUUUU